AUGUCUUCGGAGUACCAGGAAGGCAUCGACUAUAUCAUGCUCCUGAAUAAUAAUCUCGGACGCACUAGACAACUGCAGGGUUUUCAGUGGCAGUUGACACAAAAUGGCCCACCGAACGCACCGGUACAUCAUGCGAUAGCUUUACGGUUUAGUCAAUGGGCAAGUGAUAGGUCACAGCGAGGGAAAGUCGAGGAACGCCGCCAAGAGACGGGCCGCGUUCUUUGCCUUGGUACACCUCAGACAUCUUUGAGGGUUGCGGCAAUACGUGUUGAAACCGUUUGA